GAGCUGAGGGUAGACAGUAUUCAAGGGUGACGUAAACCGUACGUCAGCAAGACACCAGGAAGCGAUAGUCAGUACGUGGCCUUAUCAUCUUGGACCAUACAAGUAGGAGCCCCGCUUCAUCACAAAAUGGAACUCGAGGCCAUGACCAGAUACACCAGCCCGGUGAACCCGGCUGUGUUCCCCCACCUCACUGUGGUCCUGCUGGCCAUUGGCAUGUUCUUCACCGCCUGGUUCUUCGUCUAUGAGGUGACGUCAACAAAAUACACCAGGGACGUCUACAAAGAGCUGCUGAUCUCCCUAGUGGCUUCACUUUUCAUGGGCUUUGGUGUGCUGUUCUUGCUACUCUGGGUCGGCAUUUAUGUAUGAAGUUUCGGGUGACUGACUUAACAUAAUAACAUGACACAUUCCAGUGGAACGAAGGACAUCACACACAACACGAACUGGAUUUUGGAUUUAAUUGGACUGCACUGACAAUAUUUUGGGAUCAUAUGGACUCUGGUUUUGUUUUCACAAGUAAAGGGGGAUUUGUACAA